AUGAAAGAUUUGGAGAGCGAGCUCUUCCACUACACUUCUGGCCGUUUCCUCGCGAAUGAGGACCUUCGCCUCCGAGAGCGUCGCCGCAUCUUCAAUAUCCCCGGUCUAUUCGAAAUCAUCGCUAAGGCGCGGAACUGCAAGACUAGCGAAAUCGUCGGCUUUCGCAAGCUCGCAGAGGGUGGUCUUAACCGUUCCUUUCUGGUCACUUUACGGGACGGCUUCAGACUGGUUGUACGGAUUCCGUAUCCCAUCCUCAUUCCCAAGGCGUACGCUUACGCCAGUGAGGUUGCCACUAUGGACUUCCUUCGUUCUAAAGGGCUCCCCAUUCCUGAAGUCUACGCGUAUUCCUACACGCCAGAGAACGAGGCUGGGACGGAGUACAUGCUCAUAGAAUACGUUGAAGGCAUCGACUUAAGCCAAGUGUGGUUUAACCUCGAGAAAAAGGAAAUCGAUUCGUUGAUGGACCAGCUUGCAAAGCUCGAGUCUAUUAUGAUGUCGAUCCCCUUUCCCGCUGGUGGGAGCAUCUACUACACCACAGACUUGAAGCAAAAAGGGGAACCCUACUUGACGAGCAAGCCAAGCCUAUCCCACAGAAGAAGCGUUUCUGCCUGGGCCCUGAUGUAUCGAUACCACUCUGGUAUGGAAAAAGAGAGCAAAUGGACUCAUUCCGAGUUUGGCUCACCGAGAGCACCUUACAGAGGUUUUCGAAGGGAUUGCUAUAAUAACGAGAAGCAGGAACCGUCCGACCACACUAAUAACCUUAGACGCUAUCUCCUCCUCGCACCGUCGCUCGUGCCAGACAAUGACUCCCUCACUGCUUUCUGCAUUCGUCACCCCGACCUCAACCUCGAGAAUAUCAAGGUCACGACGGAUUCCAAUGGUUUACAGAUACGUAGCGUGUUGGACUGGCAGCACGCUGUUGUCUUACCCCUCUUCCUGCACGCCGGUAUGCCCUACGACAUACAGAACGAAGAGGACGAGGUGUCUCGAAGUAUGAUUAGACCUAAACUACCGGAUGACUUUGACAAGCUAUCGCAAGGCGAACAAAUAUGGGAGAAGCAGCUUCUCCGUCGUCGUCUUGCUCACUACAACUACAUCCUCAGCACAAUGGUAUACAACAAGGCCCACCACAAGGGUCUGGCAUAUCCUCUUGGUAAUUUCUGUCGCCGCAUCUUCAACUACGCAACCGCUCCGUGGGAGGGUGAGACGAUCAAGCUGCAGUUGGCGCUGAUAGAGAUGGUGGUUGGUUGGGAUCGUUUUGCCAAAGGCGGUAGUACGCCAUGUCCAGUCGUGAUCAUGCUGGACGAAAUAGAUGCGGCGGUCAAGCUGGGUGAGGAAUUAGAGAUCGCAGAUGAGAAUGAGAGGAUGGUGAGAAAGUAUGUCGGGUACGGACCCGAGACCUGGGUGCCCGCCGCUCGGUACGAGAAAGCUGUGGCAUCUGGUGAGGAAAUGAAGCAGAAGAUGUUGGAGGUGUAUUCGGAGGACGGAGGGAUCACGGAUGAGAAGCGCGCUUUGAUGAUGGCAUGCUGGCCCUUGGAAGCUAUGGACGAAGUGGAGUUCGAGGAGUACUUGUAA